CCACAUCGGCUUCCCGUCAGACCGAGGCCAGCGCGCGCGUAGCAUAUGCGCGCGUGAUUCACGAGCUCGCUGUUGAAGUGUAAAAGUAAUGCAGCCUGUUGUUUAUUAAUCGAGUCCGAGUGUAUUUAUACCAUAGCAGGAUAUGUGUUAUCAGUGAUGGCAAUCUUUAGAGAAUAUGAAGAGUUUACAGACGCCCGAAUGGUCCAAAAGGUAGUGGAUUUGUUUGAGAAAAAUCCACCUUUUCAGAGGAUAGUACAGCUCGGACUUCUUGGUAUUGAUAUGGAUAAUGACCUAGAUAUUCCCUCUGAUGAUGAUAUUGCAAAUCAUCUCUGGGGACCCCGACGUGGCAGUUAUCAUGGAUUUUCUGGUCUGUCUGACACUAUUAAUAGAAGAUUAAUUGGGAAUCCAGCCAACUCUGUGUAUAUGCCUCCACUGCAUCGCUACACAUCAUCAGGCCAUGAGCUUCCUCACUUGUCCUCUAUACCAACUGAGCCGAUUGAGAGCCAUGCUGAAAGGAGGGCCAGAGUAUUACAGGGAGCGAAAAAAAGCAAAGAAAAGACUGAGAAGAAGCGGAUUAAGAAACAGAGGCAGAAGGAACGAAAACGGCUUGAGAAGGAAAAACAGAAUCCACAGAAAAGUGAUGAGGCAAAAGAUGACUCAAAGAAGUCAAAAGAAGAGGAGAGUAAGGAAGAUAAUCAAAAAUCCACCAAAAAUGAUACCAGCUUCAGUGUUAAACAGCUGACACCAACUAAAGAUUCUGAAAGUGACAGCAGUGAAGAGGAAUCCAGUGAAGAUGACAGCGAACCUGGGAGUGACUCAGAUGACUCGGAGGUGUUGGAUUUGACCAGUACCUUUGUGAGUAAAGCUGCUCUCAUAGCCAAGCGUAAGAUGGAGCAGAAGCCCAGGCCUGAGAGGAGGGAGAAAAAGAAAACCCCGGCUAGAGAGGAAACUCAACCAGCCACAGACAAACCUAAUGAAGACCAGAAUGAUGUAAACAAGAAUACUGACACCCCCAGCAAUCCCACUGUUGAAGAUAAUAUAAAAAUAAGCCAAGAGCUUGCAAUGCUGGGAAAUAAGUUUGCAAGCACUGGAGAAUUUGAUAUGGCUGUGAAAUAUUUCACAGAUGCAAUUAAAUACAACCCUCAAGAGUUUAAGCUGUUUGGCAAUCGUUCCUUCUGUUUUGAAAAAAUGCAGCAGUAUGAGAAGGCACUGACAGACGCCCAGUUGUCCCUCAGUAUGUAUCCAGGCUGGGUGAAAGGCCUUUAUAGGAAGGGCAGGGCUUUGGCUGGCCUCAAGAGGUACGAGGAGGCCGCCCAGGCCUUUAAGGAGGUUCUGAAGCUGGACAGCUCCCGUACAGACGCUGCCCAGGAACUGAUGCGGGUGCAGAUAUCACAACUAAUGAGGUAUGGUUUCUCUCAGGAGCAGAGCUCAAAUGCCUUAAUAAUUCACGGGACGGUUAAUGAAGCGCUAGAGGUGCUGUCCAAAUUAAAUUGUACAUCAGGAGAUAGGUCUAAAGACAGUCAUCCAGCUCGUAGCCCCCUCCCACCAGCCUCAGUCGAGAAUAUUACCAGAGCCUCUCCACUUCCUUCAGCCAACCCAAACGGCCAUCACCCUCUUCCUCCUCCUCUUCCUCCACAGUCCCAGGAUACACCAAAAACACCACUUAAGAGCAAACCUUUAGGCCCUGUCCAAAAUAUGUCAAAUGUCCACAGUCAGCCACAGCCCAUUCCUAAUCAGGCUGUGAGGACUUACUUUGAAGAUCGUACAAAACCGGAACUGUUUCCAGUGUGGGUGGGAAACGUGGUUCAAACUGUAACUGAGCCCAUGAUAACUGACCUAUUUAGCAGCGCUGGGGUUAUACAUAGUGUCAAGCUACUGACUGGCAAAAGAUGUGCCUUUAUAAACUUUACCAGCCAAGAUCAAUGUGAUGAAGCGAUCCGACAAUUUAACGGCCAUGAACUAAUGGGCACCAAGCUUAUCGUGCGAUACCCGGACAGGAUUCCUUCAGGCAUGGGCAUGUCCAAGUCGGCACUCAAAGCUGACUACCUCAAUGAGGAGAAAUUCAGGCAGGGCUUCGAGUGGAGGAAUGGGGGUGGCAGCCGGGGCCCUGGCCGCCCUUAUGGACACGUCCCCAACCACAGAGGUGACCUCAAGAACAAGGGGCCAAGGAGCUUCCCUGUGCAUGAUAAUUACCUUCAAUAAAAGCGGAAUCACUUAUCUUGUCCUAUAUAAUUCAUCUUAUCCCCAGUCGGUGGCAUUUAAAGGGCUUUGCUUGCUCUUAAACAAACAACAGUAUUUCUCUUAGCAGUGGUCCAUAGGAAACCCUCUUGGGCAUUUUUAAGGCCACUGAUCUAGACAAAUUUUUUUUUUUAUUAUAAUUUUGGCCACAAUGGUUUAUAUAAAUACCAUGUAUCCCAAAUGCAGCUUGGUGCCAAUAUUAAUCAUGGUCCAUUUCUUAGUCAAGUGCUGAAAUGUUUUUGGGGAAAGUGGACUGAGCUAAUUUUGCUUAUAAAUGGCUUACGCAGAGGCGGGUCUAAGUGGUAAUCAAGAGCUUGUGCAGCACAUACUCAUCCCUGUUACAGACUCUCGUUCCAACCACAGUUUUCCUGUAUUUUCAUUAAUGAUGCUGGCUUCCACCUAUUUGGCUGUCCUUACCAUCAACACAGGAAAUUAAGAAGCAACUUUGCGAUGCUUAUGGGCGUAAAGUGAGCCAAAUUCUUACGGCUUAUGUGUGUCUGUAUUCAGAAAUUCAUAAUAGUCCUAUCCAUUAUUGAGAUUUACUAUACUUAAGAUGCAAGUUUCAGCUUUAUGGCUAAGUCAUUACAGCCAAAAACUAAACUGAGACACAGUCUCAUUAUACAGCAAACUUAUUGGAUACUUUAAUUGCAAUUUUAUGCUUUAAUCAUUUUUUUAAUACUUUUUUUCUCCCCUCUACAGUCAAGAUUAGAGUAUUUCAUCAGUGGUUGAUUAUGGGGAAGUUUUACCAGGCCUUUUUAUAUUCAGAUUAUGUCAUUCAGAAGUCUUUUUAUUAAUUGAAAGUUAUGUUCUUAAUCUCCUAAAAGAAUUAAAGAUUCUUUGAUAUUCUGA